UUUUACACAUAACGAAAGUGCAUAAAGUCCGCAGAAGGCAGCAGUCGACUCAGCACACACAGGUGGAGGAUGGGCCAUGACCAGGAGGAGUUUACACUGAGUGGACUUGUACGACCUGCAUUGUUUUAGAGUCCUGCGCAUUGGAUUAUGCUCUUCAGCCAGAUCUGUGAUUCUCUCCGCUUCCAUUGAGCUUGCAGGUUCAAUAUCGUUUUGUUUUCUCUGAUGGUCACUGCAUUCUUUACUGAAUACAAACAUCGUCAUGUUUAUCAGAACAACUUUUCUCCUCUGCUUUGUGGUUUCACUCUCACAACUUGUUCGUUGCAUGGAAACUGAACUUUGCUUCCCCGUUAGAUUGGAUAACCACAAACAUGACAGGAGGGAUUUUGACAACGACGUGGAAAUCCUAAAUGGAAAAUGUGUCCUCCAAAUACGCGCUUUCCAGCAGGAAUUUGUGAUCUAUUUACACCAGGACUCGAAUUUCAUUGCGCCUUCCAUUUCUAACCAAGACGCAUUCUGGCUCUCCAACACCGAUGUCACUGACCUGAGACAGUGUUAUUACUCUGGAUACGUGCACGCUGACCCACAUUCGUAUGCUGCUUUGAGCCUCUGUAAGGGUUUACAUGGUGCAUUUGGCUUCCAAGGUUGGGAAUAUUUUGUCAGUCCGGUGCAAAAUGACACCACAAGCGCAGAAGGUGCCCACAUCAUUCGGCGCAGAAGCAGCAACAACCUGAAGCUCAAUUCAACCUCUAGGUGCGCCGUGGACAGCGACAUAAGUCUCCAGGUUGCGCAAUCGUUGGAAAAAUAUAAGCGACUACAAGACGACACCAAUGGGACCGAAACGAUGCUGAAGAAGAUGGGGAGAACCAAAAGGUUCGCUUCAAUCCCCAGGUACGUGGAGACGCUGGUGGUGGCGGACGACUCCAUGGUGCAGUUUCAUGGAGAUGACUUAAAACACUACCUCUUGAUACUGAUGUCAGUGGCAGCGAAACUCUACAAACACCCAAGUAUUCUCAACUCCAUCAACAUCAUGGUUGUGAAGAUCAUGAUUAUAUCCGAGGAGGACAAAGGACCCAAGGUGUCCGGUAACGCAGCCAUGACGCUGCGAAACUUUUGCACUUGGCAAAAAAAGAUGAACAAAAACAACGACAAGCAGCCCGACUACUGGGAUACAGCAAUCCUUUUCACCAGACAGGACCUGUGUGGAGCUUCCACUUGUGACACUCUCGGCAUGGCAGAUGUUGGCACCAUGUGCGACCCCAAGAGGAGCUGCUCUGUGAUCGAAGACGACGGCCUCCCCUCCGCCUUCACCACUGCUCACGAGCUUGGACACGUGUUCAACAUGCCACACGACAACGUGAGGGCCUGUGAGGACGUGUUUGGGAAACUACAGGACAACCACAUGAUGUCUCCCACUCUCAUUCAGAUCAACCGCACCAGCCCGUGGUCCCCCUGCAGUGCUGCCAUCAUCACUGAAUUCCUGGACAGCGGGCAUGGGGAAUGUUUGCUCGACCAGCCUCAGAAACCGUUGGUCCUCCCUGAAGUGCUGCCGGGAACGUCCUACAUCCUCAACCGUCAGUGUGAGCUGGCGUUCGGAGAGAGCUCAAAGCCCUGUCUCUUUAUGCAGCCACCAUGUGGCCGUCUGUGGUGCACAGGAAAGUCCAACGGCCAUUUGGUGUGUAUGACUCGUCACUUCCCCUGGGCAGAUGGCACACAAUGUGGGGACAAUCAGGUCUGCCACCAGGGCGUCUGUUUGCACAAACAGAUCCGAAAUGUGAAGGUGGACGGUCGUUGGGGGAGGUGGGGCCCAUUCGGUUCCUGCUCACGCACAUGUGGAGGCGGUGUCCAACUUUCCAAAAGAGAGUGUACCAACCCAGUUCCCUCAAAUGGGGGUAAAUACUGCCAAGGGGUGAGGGUCAAAUACCGCUCCUGCAACCUAAACCGCUGCCCUGACACAGGUAAGACUUACCGUGAGGAGCAGUGUGCAACCAGUGGCCGCAGUUUUAAUAGUAACCGGAUCGACCCGUCCGUGGUGUGGGUACCCAAAUACUCUGGCGUGUCCACUGAUGACCGGUGUAAACUCAUCUGCAGAGCUAACGGCACAGGCUACUUCUAUGUCCUGGCACCCAAGGUUGUGGAUGGGACUCCAUGCUCCCCUGACUCCACAGGAGUGUGUGUCCAAGGGAAGUGCAUUAAGGCUGGCUGUGAUGGAAAAAUUGGCUCCAUCAAGAAGUUUGAUAAGUGUGGAAUCUGCGGAGGUGAUAGCAAGGGCUGCAAAAAGGUGUCGGGACUCUUCACAAAGCCUCAGCACGGCUACAACUUUGUGGUCAUGUUACCAGUGGGCGCAGCCAACAUAGACAUCCGUCAGCGAGGCUACAAGGGAAUGAGGAGUGAUGACAACUAUUUGGCGGUUAAAAACAGCCAGGGCCACUACCUGCUCAAUGGGAACUACGUAGUGUCAGCUGGAGAGAGGGACAUCAUUAUCAAGGAAAGUCUGCUGCGCUACAGCGGCACAUCCGGCCUCGCCGAGACCCUGCAGGCUGUGAAGCCCUUGGGAGAAUCCCUGACUGUGGAGGUGCUGUGUGCGGGCCAGUUGACGCCGCCUCGCAUUCGCUACUCCUUCUACCUCGCCCGUCAGAUUAAGGAGGACAAGACUCUGAAGAAGGCGGGGGGUGUAAACUCCCAUAAUAGUGUUCUGGCUGAGGAUAGUGUCAAGGAGAAUGGGGGAGAGACCCUGAAGAAGUCUUACAGCAAAGAGGAUCCUGCUCUUGGGAAAUGGAUAUCCACAGGUUGGGAUCGGUGCUCAGUGACCUGCGGAAAUGGGAUGCAGAGGAGGAUGGUGCAGUGUCUGAGACUGGAUGGGAAGCUAGGGUUGGACUGUGAUCCUUCACAAAGACCCUCAGCCACCAGGGUCUGUGGAGACCCCUGUCCGGAGUGGCAUAUUGGGCAGUGGUCACCUUGCUCCAGAACCUGUGGGAAGGGCUUCAAAAGACGACCAUUGCACUGCCAAACCCAAACUGGGCGUCUGCUCCCAAGGGACCACUGCACUGGCUUACGCAAACCACAGGAGCUGGACUUCUGUCACCUAAAGCCUUGCUAGGGACUAAAACCUAGAAACUACAACAUCGUUGUUAUGUUUUAAAAGGACUAAAUUGAAUCCACCUGCAAGUAUCACACACACUGUUUUGGUCGGGUGCAAAUCUUUCCACUUGCCUCAUGGGAAACCAAUAAUAUUGGAAGGAGAGUGAAAGAUGAAUGCUGCAAGAUAUUUUUCACUGCCAUCACUCUGACUUCAAAAGACGCUGUCCAGGUCGACUCUGAUGACGAAACACUAUGACAGGAGGGUCACAUAACAUGUAUUGAAAUCCUUUGUACUGUCAGAAGAUACAGAAUUCCCAUUUGCAAACAAUUAAUCUAGUUUAUCUUAUGAGUCUGAACCCCAUUUAGGUCAUGUUUUAACUGUUCAGGUUUCAAGGAUUUAGUUGAGUCUUGGUAAUAGAUCCGUGAAGCUUUUAGGUUUCCCAAACAAUUACUUCAAUAUACCAGGUUUGACUUCCCUAACUUUUGACUACUGGAAAAAUAUGUAACUCUCACAUGAUAUCAUUGUGUGCGAUCUUCAUCUACCAAUAUAUGUGCGUUUCAAGGAGUUUUAUAAAAUCAUGGAAUUCAUUGAGAAAUGAAACAGUUCACAUAAUUCACAUGGUUCUCGAUUUUUCUUCUGCUGUUGCUACCUAUGUUGGUUAACAGCUAUAGCAAAUAAAGGUUGAUACAAGAGUGGAUAGAUAUCUUUAGUAACAACCACUGCAUAUUUGAACAUGUUUUACUCCUGGUACUUUCACGAGAACAAACAAUGACGACCGAGCCCACAUUGCUGCUCCAAAACUAGGAAGCUGCAAACAUUUUCUGCAGACCUCACACAGCAGCAGUCAUGAAAACAGUUUGAACUAGAAUAUGAAGUCACGUUAGUGUUUUUAAAGAUCUGACUAACCAAAGCAGGGCAGUGGACCCUGUCAGCUGGUGUUCCCUCCAGAUCAGGUUUUUCAUCAAGCUGAACCCAAGAUAACACUGCUUAUCUGAGAUAAGGGAUAUAAUAUAGCCCUUAUCUUAAUAAUCUCAAUAAUUGCCACACAUUCUGCAACUUAUUUCCCACCUCCUGUGUUCAGCAUGUAUGGUUGCUUCCUUCAUUUCCUUUAUCAUUCAACAUCAAGAAUGUUCUUCUCAGUUCAUAGUAUUCAGCCAUGUCGAGUCACGCCUGUCUGGCACAGUUACCACUGUAAUUUAUUAUCAAUGAAAUAUUAAAGCGGAGAGGGGAAGAAAAACUGGCCAGCCCUCCGUUUUGCUGUAUAGAAUUUGUGUUUUCCUGGAUCGCCUUGUUCGUGGCCCCAAAGCCAGAGCCAAGUUGUUCGUCCUACAAACUUGCUAAAAUCCUGUAAUCCAUUAUAUUCUUGUUUUGUUUCUUAACGGGGCCACAUUGUCCAGUCCAACAUCCAACUACCGGAUGGAUCCUGCAUUAGUUGGAUUAUCAUUUUAAUUUUGUAUUAGCUUUUGCACUUUGUACAGCAAAAGAAAACUGACCAACAUGGGCUGUAUUGUAUACUAUGUAUAUAUUUAUCCAGCUCUGUGCAAAAAAUUAUGUAAAUACUUUAUAAAUACUUUUUUAAACAGGCAUUUGUAAUUGUCUUUGACUUCAGUGUAUUUAUUCCAAAAUAAAGCCAUUCAUGUAUAAUUACACCUCA